GGCGCGCGGCCCAAUCAGGAGGGCCGUCCCCCGUGGCCGCUGGCGGUGCCCGGAUGUCCGCAGAGCCGGCGCGAGGGCUUUGUAAGGGUUCUCUCCUCGCCGGUCCGGGUCAUUAUGGGCGGAAAGAACAAGAAGCACAAGGCGGGCAGUGGCGCCGCGGGAUCAUCCGGGGCGCCCCGGCCGAGCCCCGCUGGCAAGGACCCGCGCCUUAAACAAGGUCCCAAAACAUACAGCUUUGGUUCUGCAGCUGAUUCCAAUAUUUCUGCAAACACAGAUAAAUCCAUUCUUAAGGUGGUAAUUAACAAUAACUUGGAAAAAAGAAUAAUUGGCAUAAUCAAUGAGCAUAAGAAACAAAGUGGUGAAAAAGGAAUGAUUUCCAGACGACUUACUGCUAAAAAGUUACAGGAUGUAUACAUGGCUUUGCAAGGAUUUUCCUUUAAGACUGAAGAUAUUGAAGAAGCUAUGAAAAAUACUCUUUUAUACGGCGGUGAUCUACAUUCUGCCCUUGACUGGUUAUGCUUAAACCUCUCUGAUGAUGCAUUGCCUGAAGGUUUCAGCCAGCAAUUUGGCGAAGAACAACAGAAAAUACGAGCAAAAUUUCAUUCUCCUUUUUCACAGUGUAAACUUCCUCACGUGCCAAAUAAUAAAAAGAAGGAAGAUGAGUGUGAAAAAAAGGGAAACACAGAGAAGCGAAAAGAGAUCAGCAUGAAGGAAUGGAUUCUGCAGUAUGCCGAACAACAGAGUGAUGAGGAGAAAAAUGAAUCUGUGAAGAAUUUGGAUGAAGAAAAAUUUGACCCAAAUGAGAGGUAUUUACACUUGGCUGGAAAACUUGUGGAAGCAAAAGAACAAGCAAGUUCUUCCAAGCAAGACAAGGACAAACAUGGACAGAAGGUGGCACAAGAAAAAAUAAGGCGGAUUCAUCAAGAGAUGUCAACCCUGGAGGAACAUCCUGUUUUCAAUCCUGCUCUCAAAGUCACAAACCAGCCAAGUGAAAAGAAAAAGCCUCCUGUGCCACUAGAAACAGAUGGUGCUUUAAAUCUGAAUGUGCUUGAAAAGUCUCAAGCUGUUCCAGAGGAACAAAAAGCAAAAAAGAAAGAACCACAUGACAUGAGGAAUUUUGAUUAUACUGCUCGGAGCUGGACUGGAAAAUCUCCCAAACAGUUCUUGAUUGACUGGUGCAGAAAACAUUAUCCUAAAUGCCCAAACCCAUCUUUUGAAAAAGUUCCAGCAGGGAGAUACUGGAAAUGUAGGGUGAGAGUUACCAAGGGAGCUGAUGAUACAUUGGUGGUGUGCCCAACAAUUGUAACCGAGGAUAGCAUGCAGGCUCAACAUCUGGGUGCUACAUUAGCAUUAUAUCAUUUAACCAAAGGACAGUCUGUCCAUCAGCUGCUUCCUCCCACAUACAGAGAAGUUUGGUUAGAGUGGAGUGAUGCUGAAAAGAAGAAGGAAGAGGAGAACAAAAUGGAAACCAACAAGCCCCGUGACCAGUUCAUUGCUAAACUGUUACACAAACUGAAACAGCAGCAGCCCCAGCAGCAGUUGGAAAGCAAGCCCAAAGUCUCAGAAGAUGCAGAGGACUCCUGGGAAAACUUAGUUUCUGAAGAAGACUUUAGCAGUCUCACUCUUGAGAGCCCAGCAAAAGAUGACCUUGAACCCGUGAGGAUUCUCUUUAAAAAAUUGCAGAGUACUCCUAAAUACCAGAAACUUUUAAGGGAAAGAGAGCAGUUGCCUGUGUUUAAAUAUCGACAUUCCCUCGUAGAAACUCUUAAAAAGCACCGAGUCGUGGUUGUGGCUGGUGAAACGGGCAGUGGAAAAAGCACCCAAGUUCCACACUUUUUGUUAGAGGACUUGUUGCAGAAUGAGCAAAGUCUGAAUAAAUGUAAUAUUGUUUGCACUCAACCUCGAAGAAUCUCAGCUGUGAGUUUGGCAACUAGAGUUUGUGAAGAACUGGGCUGCGAAGGAGGACCUGGUGGAAAAGAUUCCUUGUGUGGCUAUCAAAUUCGUCUGGAAUCUCGAACAGGUGAGGCGACAAGGUUGCUUUACUGCACAACGGGCGUCCUCCUUCGGAAGCUACAAGAAGAUCUUCUUCUUUCUAAUGUGUCUCACGUUAUAGUAGAUGAGGUUCAUGAAAGAAGUGUUCAGUCAGACUUCCUACUAAUCAUCUUGAGGGAAAUCUUGCACAAACGUUCAGAUCUACAUCUUAUUCUGAUGAGUGCCACUGUAGAUAGUGAGAAAUUCUCCAGCUAUUUCACUCACUGCCCCAUUCUACGAAUUUCUGGAAGGAGUUAUCCUGUCGAGGUGUUCCAUGUUGAAGAUGUGAUAGAAGAAACUGGUUUUGUGUUGGAGAAAGAUUCUGAAUAUUGCCAGAAAUUUUUGGAAGAAGAGGAGGAAAUCACGGUAAAUGUUACCACCAAAGGAGGAGGAGUUACAAAAUACCAGGAAAAUAUACCAGUUGAAGCUGCAUCAAGUAUUGAUUUAGGUCCCUAUUAUCAAAAAUAUAGUAGUCGAACUCGCCAAGCUAUCUUCUAUAUGAAUCCUUACAAGGUCAACUUUGAUCUCAUCUUGGAGCUGCUUGCAUUUUUAGACAGAGCUCCCCAGUUCCGAAAUGUAGAAGGAGCUGUCUUAAUUUUUCUACCAGGACUUGCUCAUAUUCAACAGUUGUAUGACCUCAUUGCAACUGACAGACGGUUUGAUCUACGACAAAGACAUCGGUUAAUAGCACUUCAUUCCAUUCUGUCUACUCAAGACCAAGCAUCUGCAUUUACUCUGCCCCCUUGUGGUGUCAGAAAGAUAGUUUUGGCCACCAACAUUGCGGAGACAGGUAUCACUAUACCUGAUGUUGUUUUUGUAAUUGACCCUGGGAGAACAAAAGAAAACAGAUACCAUGAAAGCAGUCAGAUGAGCUCUUUAGAGGAGACUUUUGUGAGCAAGGCUAGUGCACUACAACGUCAAGGGAGAGCUGGGCGUGUCAGGGAUGGAUUCUGCUUUCGAAUGUACACAAGAGAGAGAUUUCAAAGUUUCCUGGAGUAUUCUGUUCCAGAAAUAUUGCGGGUGCCCUUGGAAGAACUGUGCCUUCAUAUUAUGAAAUGUAAUCUUGGCUCUCCUGAAGAUUUCCUCUCCAAGGCCUUAGAUCCUCCUCAGCCCCAAGUAGUUGGUAACGCCAUGAAUCUUCUGCGGAAGAUUGGCGCUUGUGAACUAAGUGAGCCCAGGCUGACUCCUUUAGGCCAACAUCUUGCUUCACUGCCAGUCAACGUUAAGAUUGGCAAAAUGCUUAUAUUUGGUGCUAUUUUUGGCUGUCUGGAUCCAGUGGCUACCCUUGCUGCCGUAAUGACGGAAAAAUCUCCCUUUACUACCCCAAUUGGAAGAAAAGAUGAAGCCGACCUUGCAAAAUCUUCUCUGGCGCUGGCAAACUCAGACCAUCUGACAAUUUAUAAGGCAUAUCUAGGGUGGAAGAAAGCCUGUCAUGAAGGAGGGUAUCGUGCUGAAAUGACUUACUGCAGACAAAAUUUCCUCAACAGAACUUCAUUAUUAACACUAGAGGAUGUAAAAAAAGAGUUAAUCAGGGUGGUGCGGGCAGCAGGAUUUGCAGCACCCUUGCGUCAUCAUGAAGGAACACACUCCCUUUCACAACAAGAAAUGGUCCUCCUUAAAGCUGUGCUGACUGCAGGAUUGUAUGACAAUGUGGGGAAGAUAAUGUACACCAAGUCUGUGGAUAUAACAGAAAAGUUGGCCUGUGUAGCAGAGACUGCUCAAGGUAAAGCCCAGGUGCACCCUUCUUCUGUGAACAGGGAUCUGCAGACCCAUGGGUGGUUGCUAUAUCAAGAAAAGGUUAGAUAUGCCAAGGUGUACUUGAAAGAGACUACUUUAAUUUCCCCUUUUCCAAUUUUACUAUUUGGUGGUGAUAUAGAGGUUUUACAUCGUGAACGCCUUUUGUCUGUUGAUGGCUGGAUCCAUUUUCAGGCCCCUGUAAAAAUUGCAGUCAUUUUCAAGCAACUGAGAGCACUCAUUGAAUCUGUUUUAAAAGAGAAACUCGAAAACCCUAAAAUGUCACUUGAAGAUGAUAAGAUUUUGAACAUCAUUAAAGAAUUGAUAAAGACUGAAAACACUGUCUGAAAUAAAAGAAUGAUUUCAAGUAUGAAGCCACACCAACUUAAAGAAGAAAAGUAUAGUUAAAUAAAGUACAGGCUUGUUCUUUAAAAUGCCAGCUAUCAUGUGGAAGCUGCUUGAUCUUGGUGUGUAACUUCCCUUUCCAUAUCAUUUUGUGAAGAAUAGGAAUGCAUUGUAAAAUUGAUAAUAAAAUUUGGGUUCCUCUUG